UAGCGAGCGGUGGGCGGAGUCUGCCGUCCAUCUUUAAUGUACUACUGAACAGAAGGGGGACUGACGAGCUAAAAACAUUACCAAAUUUGAAACAAGGAAUUAGCGGAUAUAUUGGUCGUGGCUGUCACAUAGAGAUACUGACGAAUAUUACACACGUUUGAAAAAGUGACAGAAGGUAUGAAGACAGUAUCAUAGCGAAGCCAUGGCUGAUAAGAGAAAACUACAAGGUGAAAUAGAUCGAUGUUUGAAAAAAGUUGCUGAAGGCGUCGAACAAUUUGAAGACAUUUGGAAAAAGCUUCAUAAUGCAGCCAAUGCCAAUCAGAAGGAAAAAUAUGAAGCCGAUCUCAAGAAAGAGAUAAAAAAGCUUCAGCGGCUACGAGACCAGAUUAAGACAUGGGUGGCAUCCAAUGAGAUCAAAGACAAACGGCAGCUAGUGGAGAACCGGAAGCUUAUUGAAACGCAAAUGGAGCGAUUUAAGGUUGUUGAAAGAGAAACCAAGACAAAAGCCUACUCUAAAGAGGGGCUGGGCUUGGCUCAGAAAGUGGACCCGGCGCAGAAAGAGAAGGAGGAAACAGAACAGUGGCUCACGAACACAAUAGACACUUUGAACAUGCAGGUGGACCAGUUUGAGAGUGAAGUUGAGUCCCUCUCUGUUCAAACACGGAAGAAGAAAGGAGACAAAGAGAAGCAGGAUCGGAUUGAAGAGCUAAAGAGGUUAAUCGAAAGACACCGGCACCACAUUCUUAUGCUAGAGACCAUCUUGAGGAUGUUGGAUAAUGAUUCGAUCCAGGUUGACGCUAUCCAUAAGAUCAAAGAUGAUGUGGAAUAUUAUAUUGACUCUUCACAAGACCCAGACUUCGAAGAGAAUGAGUUCAUCUAUGAUGAUCUGGAUUUGGAGGAAAUACGUAAGUUUGUGUGUGCGUGGGAUGGAAGUUUUUUUUUUUUAAAUGAUAUGGCUUUGUCAAGAUGGGUCGCAUUUCUAAACAUCUCUUUCUCUCUAGCAACAACUUUGAUUGCAACGCCUCCUCAGGGCCAUAUUGAAGAUGAGAUGUUCCUUCCGUCCAGCAGCACACCGACCUCCACCACUUCCUCUUCCCCCAUCCCUCCAUCUCCUGCAACAGGCCCAAUGGAGAUUUCGGAGGAAAAGAGAGGUCGAUCUACAGACAGUGAAGUCUGUCAGUCUCCUGUGAAGAAUGGCAACCCAUCUCUCUCGUCGUUCUCGUCAUCCGCCUCAUCGUCGGGCUCCUCCUCAGGCUCCUCCUCCUCCUCUUCACUGGUUUCUGUGGCGACUGCUGUUGGUGGCUGCACAGCGAUCUCUGGGAGCAGCAGUCUGCUGGGAAGCUUUAGCAGCGCAGUGCAGCAGCAUGUUCCUCAGUCUCAGCAGCAAGCACAGGUCAAACUCUCCUCGACAUCUACACCCUCCAACAACACGCCUAGUCCUCCUAGCCACCCCACGUUACCUGCCUCCACCACUGCCUCUCUGCCUAGUUCCAGCACACCUGGCCCAGUAACUUCCAGUUCCCAGUCCCAGGCCUCAUCUGUUCUUGGGGUUGAGGGCUCUAGACUGGGUUUGGGCCUUGUGAAGGGGAGCGUGACAGUGACCAGCAGCAGUAGUGGAGCUCAGAUGCCAGGUCUGGGCAUGGCAGGCUUGUCUGGUUCUCUCAACACCAUGGCGGCGCUUCUCUCAGGCUCUAACCCUGCUCCCUAUGCCCAGGCAGCUGCUGGAGGAACAUCAGGUGGUGCCUCCAGUGGUCCAGUAGGGAGCAGUAGUGGUAGUUCUGGCAUGUCUAUACCGAGCGGAGGUGCAGGGGGAACUAACACGGGCGCAACCAGUAAUGGCACGGGGACAGGGGUUGGUAUGAGCUUGCUAGGGUCCAGUCCGGGUCAUGGUUCUCUGACCGGAGGGAUUCUAAACCUGGUACCGGGGCAGACGGCUCUCCAGGGGUCUGCACAGAUACCUGUGAGCCAUGUGGGCACAGCACCUGGAGGAGGAACUGGAGAGAGCGGGUUGGGUGGAAAUGGAAGCAGUUCUGUGGCAAGUGCAGGAGUGGGGACAAAUGUAGCACCUGCAAGACCACCUAGCGGCCUCAAACAAAAUGGAGCAACCAGUUACAGUGCUGUGGUUGCAGACAACACACCAGACUCCUCACUUAGCAGUGCCAGCCAAUCACAAAACAGCCAUUCCUCAUCCUCGAGCUCAUCAACCAAUCAAAUUCUGGAUAAUGGCCCCAGUUUAUUGAGUUCUAUCACUCUACCCCCCUCCUCCCCAUCACCCUCCUUCACUGACAACACACCUGGUGGUGGGAGUCUGCUAAAUGGCCCACACUCCUAUACACUCAACACAGAAGCCAUCAAGGCUCCUGAACCACCGAGCUCUCUGAAAGCUAUGGCAGAGCGGGCUGCCCUGGGAUUGACACUGGAUGGAGAGAUUUCAUCACUACACCUCCCAGAUCGAGCCCCACCUGGACCCACAACGGCCCCUCAGCCUGCCGUUUCAGAGGUCAACCUGCCGCCAACUUUAGGGGCAUGUCCACUAGGUCCCACCCCCCUCAGUAAAGAGCAGCUUUACCAACAGGCAAUGCAGGAGUCAACAUGGACGCACAUGCCCCACCCGUCCGAUUCAGAGAGAAUCAGGCAGUAUCUGAUGAGAAACCCCUGUCCUACACCGCCAUUCCACCACCAGGUUCCCCCACAUCAUUCGGACUCUAUCGAGUUCUACCAGAGAUUGUCCACUGAAACGCUCUUCUUCAUUUUCUACUACCUGGAGGGCACAAAGGCGCAGUACUUGUCGGCUAAAGCACUGAAGAAGCAAUCGUGGAGGUUCCACACCAAAUACAUGAUGUGGUUCCAACGGCACGAGGAACCCAAGACCAUCACUGAUGAGUUCGAACAGGGCACGUACAUUUACUUUGACUAUGAAAAGUGGGGCCAGAGAAAAAAGGAAGGAUUUACCUUUGAGUACAGAUACCUGGAGGAUAGAGACCUGCAGUGACUGACGGAGAGAGAGAGAGAGAGAGAGAGAGCGAUCGCUACGACAGAGAAAACGCUGCUGUUAACAUUCCGAGAUGAACUCUAUGUCGUGGUUAAAGUUGGAUGUGAUGAUGGCCUUUUUCUUUAAAAGAGAGAGAGAGCAGGGGGUCGAGUGCCUGUUUACAUACAAACAUUUGAACCUCCAUUAACGUUGAGUCUUUAUGCCCUUCAUUUCUGUUCUAACUGAAAACCCCACCUAGUCAAACAGAAAUGAAAGGAAACAAUUUGAUUUUGCCACAGUCAAAACAUUUUUGCUCAUAGUUUGUGUUUGGUGGAGUGCUGCAUUAGCGAGUCUUAUCCUCUUUGAUGACAUAUACUGACUAUGAUGUACCGGCACUAUGCGAGAUCCCAAGUCUAAUGCAUUGAUUGGUUGUUCUUAGUUCAUUGAGCCCCUCUGGGAGUGUUGAGGCACUGUGACUUUGCCUUGCGAGAUAACGUGUCGAUCAUUAAAUUGCUAUGCAAUUGAAUUCCUCUCGACCUCCCUACCUUUAUCAUUACCUAAAUGUGGUUUCCUAGACCACAAAGAAAUAUGGCGUUGAUAGGGUAAUGUUCUGUAGCAUCUCUUACAUUUGUUACCAAGCAAGGUGGGUUGAAGUUGUCAGCCUUCAGAGUGGCGUGUGAUUAUUUGUCUGUUAAACAUGGCAUGAGUGAUCUCACUUCAAAAAAUAUCUAAUAAAAAGACAGAGUAAAAUAUGUAAAGUUAAAAACCUUAUUUUUCUUUCUUUCAGUGUCCUCUAGGUUGUCCAUUGCUGAAUAUUUUUGUUGUGUAAAAAUGCAUGUAAAGCAAAAGCUUUCCCCGAACUGUCCUAGUUAUUAUUGAAGUCACAUCUCAAAAUUAUUCUUACAUGCUCUGCUGCACAGUUUCCCAAAACAAAAAUAAAUGAUCAUUGUCCUGUUACUUCAUGUAUAAGGCAAAGCUUUUUCGAACACCCCACAGAAUCCCACGUGAGUUUCCAUUCAUUUCAGUUUUCUCUAUUGUUUGGGGAGAACGACGGGCUCGACCAACACUCAAAAUGAGAUAAAUGUGAUGAGAGAAAGUAUUUUUGAUGCACAGGGCAGCUGAUUGCAUUUGUCUCUCCAGUAAUAAACACCAUCAUCCUUGCCUUUUUUGACAUGGACAGGACAGCAUUCGAUUGUGAUGUCGCGUCGUAGGUUGGGAGGAAACAAAAAACAGAGUUGUAAAAUUUCAAUAAAUUACUUUUGUGAUGCCA